UGAAACUUAAGCCACAAACACCCAUCUCCAGCUCUGAUUUCCUUUCGGUAGAUUUCAUUGCUCUUCUCAAUAAUGGCUGCCUCUACAAUGGCACUCUCCUCACCAUCCUUCGCCGGAAAGGCGGUGAAACUCUCUCCGUCUGCUCCAGAGCUUCUCGGAGUCGGAAGAGUCACCAUGAGGAGGCCCGGCCCCAAGCCGGUCCCCUCUGGCAGCCCCUGGUACGGCCCAGACCGUGUCAAGUACUUGGGCCCAUUCUCCGGCGAGCCCCCGUCCUACCUCACCGGCGAGUUCCCCGGCGACUACGGAUGGGACACUGCCGGGCUCUCAGCCGACCCGGAAACCUUCGCCAAGAACCGCGAGCUCGAGGUGAUCCACUGCCGGUGGGCCAUGCUCGGAGCCCUCGGCUGCGUCUUCCCGGAGCUCCUCUCCAGGAACGGCGUCAAGUUCGGUGAGGCCGUCUGGUUCAAGGCCGGCGCCCAGAUCUUCAGCGAGGGCGGGCUCGACUACCUGGGCAACCCAAGCUUGAUCCACGCCCAGAGCAUCCUCGCCAUCUGGGCUUGCCAGGUCAUCCUCAUGGGCGCCGUCGAGGGCUACCGGGUGGCCGGCGGCCCGCUCGGGGAGGUCACCGACCCGCUCUACCCCGGUGGCAGCUUCGACCCGUUGGGUCUGGCAGAUGACCCAGAGGCCUUCGCAGAGCUGAAGGUGAAGGAGAUCAAGAACGGCAGGCUUGCCAUGUUCUCGAUGUUCGGAUUCUUUGUUCAGGCCAUUGUAACCGGAAAGGGUCCAUUGGAGAACCUCGCCGACCACCUUGCGGACCCCGUUAACAACAACGCCUGGGCUUAUGCCACCAACUUUGUUCCCGGAAAGUGAAUAUUAUUUUUAUAAAUAAAUUGGGAAAGUUUGUGUUGUAAGCCAAUGAAGAGAUUUUCUACUUUUCUCUGAUCAUUUGAGUGUGUGUUGGAUAUGUAAAAUGGUUUGCAUUUGAUGCAGAAAACUUGAAUUCAGUUCUGUGUUGACCAGACCAGACGUUGUCGUCUUCAA